UAAAUUUAAAUUGUUUAUGAAGAAAAUGUUUCCGCAAUAGUUGCACGGUGGAAACCAACUAAUCUUGUUUAGCUGCAUAUUUCCCAAAGUUCCACGGGGGUGGAGCAUGUGUACUUGACCAAAAUCACUAUACUUUUCAGCGGUGCCUUUCGAUAUGUGAUAUUAUUUAUAAUGUUCCGAAGAAAAAAGCCAGUGGACAAAAAAAAGCUCGAGCACAAGUUGUACUUGGCUAGAGAAACACCCGAGUCGGUGUUUGAUUUGUCUGAAUGCAACUUGCAUCAAGUCCCGGGUGGGAUAUAUUCCCUCUGCAAGGUUUUCCUUAAACAAUCUUUGACGUUGCACAACAACCAAUUGUCGUCGUUGACCGGCGGCGGGAGUUUGCGCGAUUUGCACAAUUUAACAGUCUUGGAUAUUUCGACAAACCUAUUUCGCACCAUCCCCGAAGAAAUUUCCGCCUUAACAAACUUAACUGAACUUCACGCUCACGAUAAUCAACUGAGAACGCUACCGGACGGACUGUGCCGCCUGGUUUACCUCAAAAUGCUGGACGUCUCCUCGAACUUAUUGAAGAGCUUACCGGAAGAUAUAGGAGAGUUGCAGAAUCUUCGAAAGCUGAACGUGGCACACAACAAAUACCUGCGUACGUUGCCCGGCAGUAUUUGCAAGAUACCCCAGCUCGUCUGUCUUGAAUUAGACCCAGCAAAUUUUUCAUACCCGCCCAGCGAAAUCGCUCAUCGAGGCAUCGAAGAGAUCAUGAAAUACAUCUGCGAAGACACCUGCCACACAUACCAAGCACCUCAGGACCUUACGGAGGAGGGAUCGCCCCAAGGGCAACAGGACAUAACAGAUUCCUACGAGGAGUCGGCGCGGAAGCUGGCGACGUCGAAGUCGCGGAGGGCGCUAGAGUUCCUCGAAAUCGAGCGUAACAACGAGUUCGCGCAGAGGCGGGAGUUUGAGGUCGCGAUGGCCAACAAAGCGGACAGGGACAAGUUGUUGACGCGCAUAGCUGAACAGCAGAGCGAGCUCGAUGAUCGGCUCGGUAGGAUCCGACAGGACAGGGAGGUGGACCGGUUCAGACUGAUAGAGCAGCUCCAGGAAGCUGAAAACAACGCGGACGUCGCGAUCGGGAAGCUGCUCGGCCUGAGCGGUGAGCCGCAGCGACAUUUGCUAGAGCGGGAAAAAGAAGAAGAGGAACGGUUGCUCGCCGCCGUCACCAAGUACAACGCUGCCCUGCGCAAAGACGACAUCCUGUCGGCGAUGGGCGACCUCGUGCGGCGCGAAGCCGAAACGUUUGAAAAAUUCGAUAGGGAUCGCGUUGAGGCCUCCACGACAAUUUUGGAACAGGUGCUCGACCAAGACUCCCGUCUCGCCGACAUACUGGAGAGGCGCGAUGAGCACAGGUCCGAGUUGGUGUCGGAGCUGAUCAGGGCGAACGCCGUGCAAAGGGCAGCGUUCGGCGCCCUACUAGAGAAGGGCGACGCCCGUAGCUGGGCUCUAGCGCAACAAGUGCGUCUCGUCGAGACCCAAUUGGCCACUUUGACCGUCAUCGAGCUCGACCGGAGACGCCUGAAGAUGGACGAGCACUUGAAUGAUCUGGCGGAGAAGAGGGUCGGUCUGUCGGCGUUGCUCGUGGAUCUGCUCGAGCGGCAGCGAGAGAGGCGGGGCGAACUGCUGCGCACGCUGCGGCGCCUUGAUGCGCAGAACGAAAAUCGCACGGAAGACUUCUGGCUGCGGCAGUACCAGCGGCUGUUGGACGGGUUGCCGGAGGGGCUGGCUCGCGCACAGGCGGACAUCGAUCCCCGAUUGUCCGAAUGUUUGCUGAUGGAGGGGGCGCUGCACUGCGUGCCGCUUCUGGCAAAGAUUGUAAGGGGUCGCGGGGACCUUCGAGACGUCACAGACGGAGACCUCAUCGAUGCAGGUGUGGCCAACGAUAACGAUCGUUCGAAGGUCCUCGACGCUUUGCACGCGUAUUCCGUCGCAGCCGCCAUGAAAGACCUUCGUCCGACCGCGCCCUUGCCGGACGCAGGGCCUUCGGCACCCCCCGUCGACGUAGUCGAAGCAAUAAGCAGCGUCGAGUGCGUCGUCUGCAUGGAACUGCAGUGCCACGUCACCUUCGUGCCAUGCGGACAUCUGUGCUGCUGCGCGGGCUGUUCUGUGCCGCUGGCGCUCUGCCCCUUGUGUCGCACCGCGAUCGAGAGGAAAAUAUCGACGGCGCCCUCGGCCCCCCUCUAGUCACACA